UGAGCGCCACACGCGGGGCCUCGCUGGCGGGUUGCUGCUCCCGGCAGACUUCAUCGACCGCAUACCGCACUCACUACCUCCAUGCACAUAUUUACAUGGCGCAAGUCCAAGUCGGGCUCGGCCGCUGCGCCCGACGCCUCGCCCUCCUCCCCCGGUCCCAGCCCCUCGCCCGUCUCCUCCCCCGUCCCGCCGCCCAGCGCCGGCGGCAGUAGCAGUGGCGGCGGCGGACUGACGGCGGCGGCGGUUGCUACAGCCACCGUUGAGGUCAGCACGAUGUCGGCGGUUGCUACAGCCUCGGUGGACUCGGACUCGGAAUAUACCAUGGCGGGCGGCGCGGACGCCAACACCAGCCACGUGGGCAACCAGAUUGUGGCCUUUGCGCGCCGGCAGCCGCGGGCGCUGGUGCUGGACUGCGCCUACCGCCCCAUCAACGUCCUGACCUGGUACAAGGCCUUCCACUUCGAGUACUACGGCCGGGGCGAGGUGCUGGAGUACUACCCGCCCCCCGCCGUGUGCUCCACAGGCAGCGGCGAGCACCCGCUGCCCGCAGUGCUGCGCGUGCCGCAGUACACGGCGGACGUGCAGGACUUGUGCUCCCGCGUGGCUUGCACCCGGCGCAACAUCAUGGUGCGGGACGGCUUCUGCUGCCAGUACUGCGGCUCGCGGCGUGACCUGACCAUUGACCACGUGCACCCGGCCAGCAAGGGCGGCAGGGAGACCUGGGACAACCUGGUGACUGCCUGCAUGCGCUGCAACCAGAAGAAGAGCGACCGCAGCCUGGCGCAGCUGGGCUGGAAGCUCAAGCGCAAGCCCAAGGAGCCGACCCCCUUUGAGAUCGGCAUCGUGGCCGGCAUCGCCACCGCCGACAUCCUGCGCCCGCCGCCCGAGUGGGAGGCCUACAUCGCGCCCUACAGGGAGCGGCUGGAGACGUACCGGCAGGCGGCUGUGGAGGCGGGGCUGCUCAACCUCAUCGACGACGAGUAGAGAGGAGGAGGAGGAGGAGGGUUGAGGGCGAGAGGAGGAGGAGGAGAAGGAGGAGGGUUGAGGGCGAGAGGAGGCGGGUCAGGGGUGAGAGGAGGAAGGAACUGUGGUUGCGAGGAGGAGGGGCGGGGAGAAGGAGUGGACUAAAUGCUAAAGACGUGCGGCCGGCUGGCAGCGGGUCGCGAGGCUGUGAGGGGAGGCCCUGUGAGAGGCAAUGUGUGGGGAGGUGGUAGCUGCGGUGUGAGGCGGCAUGCGCUUGCAAGCAGCACGGGCCCCACAGCGGCAGCAAUUGGAGAGAAGAGCCGUAAGUGUGUGGGGCGGACGGGGGAGUAGUAGGGACACGGUGUCCGGGUUGGUGCUGCAUGCGUUGUCUCGGUUGAUUGUGUACGACGACAGCGACCAUGUGAUCUGGAGGGGCGGGUCCUUGCGCGCGGGGGUUACUGCUGCCCACUGACGGGCGGAGCCGGCCGGUGUUGUGCGGCACUACUUUGGCCGCAGGCAGUCCAGUAGCAAGGAAAGAGAAGAAGCUGAGCGUAUGCUUACCUCCUGGAUGCCAGGUCGGCGGGCCGCCAGGGCGGGACAGAGAUGCCGCGUUGUAUGUGUACGUGCUUGUUCCACUGCGUGCUUUGGAUGUACUUUUACGGAUUUUCAUGUUGUAUGCUUCGAGUUUGUCAGGAUUGGAGGUUGGCACAUCGCCGGGGCCUUACAAGGAGCCUGGCUCAGUUGACUUGUGUGAGACAUGUACGAUGGGCACAUAUACGCAGUGCACGUUUCGGCGUGUGCUUGCGCUUUCCUUACUUUACUAACCGCCUUUUGAUUGUGGUUGUGUAUGGGCGGUAUGAGUGUGGGGGUGACGCUAGCUGAGUAGUCUACCUUCGUGGUCUGUGGAUUGCGGUAAUGUCGGGAAGGCACGCCAUUUUGUUCUUUGAUACAUGUGGCGGACCAUUUAGCUUGACUGGUAUGGAGGGAGUUUGAGUGGUUGGAUCUGUGCCUGCAUGGGCGCAUGGCAGUGAUGGCAAGCAAACAGGAGGCGCGCGGGUCCUCGGCCUGCCUGCGUGUUGGACGGAAUGCGUGGUGGGGCAGGUCCGAAGACAGGGCCGGGACCAGUGUAUGCGUGCGCGUCUCUUAUAACACUUGCCGAUUGUAAACCGGUAGUCCU